GCAAAAUCGAUUAGCUGUCAAAUUCGAAAGAGUUUUUUGUGUUUAAAUAAAUGCUUGCAAUUCAACAAACUACCGUUGACAGCAGUUGCGUGAUGCAGUGUUGAAUAAAGCAGAACAAAGCAUGGAGCAAUACUUGAGGAAAUCAAAGAGGUCAAUUGAUGAAUUGUCAGACGAGUGCCAAAUCCAUGUUGUCAUUGGUAACGAGGCAUGUGACCUAGAUUCAGCUGUGUGUGCCCUUGUGUAUGCAUAUUACCUAAACCAGAAAUCGGAUAACAUAGUUGUCCCAGUUCUAAAUAUAGCAGCCAGUCAGUUCAGAUUGAGGACAGAAACCACCUAUUUCUUCAGCAAAUUAGAAAUCCCCACAGAGAGCCUCAUUUUCAAUGACCAAUUGGAUUUGAGAAUACUUCACAAACAAGGGAGGCUACUUCUAACUCUUGUGGAUCUUAAUUGUCUCCCUUCAAAAGAUGAAUACUUGGAAGACUGUGUUGUCUCAGUUAUUGACCAUCAUGUCCGAGAAAGGGCAGAAAAAGAAGGAGUCACAGUAAAGCUUGAUUUUGUGGGAUCCUGCAGUACUCUGGUGGCUGAAGAGCUCUUGGAUGAUCCAGACUUCCUCUUGGAUAAAAUUGUUGCAGAGCUUCUCUAUGGGACAAUCUUGGUUGAUACUAUAAAUAGAUCACCGCAGGCAGGGAAGGUAACUCCGCGAGAUGAGGCUGCACUGGGGAGAUUACUUCCCUUCAUUCCUGAUAUAAAGGGAGGCAACUUGUUUAAACAACUGCAGGCUGCAAAAUUUGACAUCAGCGGACUGUUAAACAUGGAGAUCUUAGAAAAGGACCUGAAGAUGGUGACAGGCGCGACUAUGAACAUCGCCAUGUCUUCUGUCACUAUGGAUAUGCAGGAACUCUUGUCAAGGCCUGGUUUCCAUGACGACGUGGACAAGUUCUGUGAACAACAGGGGGCCAAGGUUGUUGUCAUUAUGACGCUGGUAAAUGACGAAAAUGACGUGCCCAGUCGUCAAAUUGCUGUGUACUCUAAGAAUAGGAUCUUUAGGGAUCAGAUUUCUGACACUUUGGAUAACGCCCCCGAUGUUGAUCUAGAACUUGAACUUUUGACCCCGCCAUUUCCCGAUCUCUCAGUUUUCAACCAGACCAAUGUCACAGCCUCGCGUAAACAGGUCAUGCCGAUUUUGAAAUCAUUCUUACAUGGUGAUCUCACUCCAGAUGUCUCGAGCAAGGAAUUUGUGACUCAAACGUCCGUAGCCAUGACUACAGAAGGGUUUAGCCAUUUGGAAAUGAGUGAUUCAAUGUCUAACAAUACUGCAACAAAAACAAAAGGCGUGGUGUUUGAUUUGAAUUUCUCUACAAGUAGUGAGGAAAGUAAGGGUCCUAGCUUCGAAGAGUCCAGUCCAGAACACACUGGUGAUUUGACAAUGGAUAAUUUUGGUGAAAAGUCGGAAACUGCAACCGGUCAUGUGACAAUGAUAAAACUGGGUGAAACGUCCGAAGUUACCCCACCAUUUUCGGUCUCAAAUGUGAAAAGUAAGGCAUAUACAAAUGUAAACCAGUCUCGAACUGGGGAAGUUGUCUCUGGGAAGGAUAACACAUCAAAUAAUUUUUUGUCGUCUGCAAAUUCAAGUAACCUGUUGGACUUUGUGUUGUCAGAUAGCGAGUUAGUUGAUCCGUUUAGUUCUGUGGACUCGUUUAAUGCAAAUGUAAGUGAUAGUCCAAAAUCUUUUAAAGUAGAGAAAAGUGAAAUGGAACCAAAGAAAGAUCAAUUGCCCCAAAGUGAGGAAUGUGACCUAGAGAAGAGUUUGGAACCCAAAGAAAAUGAAGGAAAUGAAGAAAAGAAAAAUCCAUUCUUCAAUGUUGAGUCUACAAAUGAAAAUGUUUCUACCUCGCUGUCAAGUGCUCAAAAUUUAAACCUGAUCAAUGACGAUCCAAACAACCAAAAUUACUCUCCAAUCGAUUUAUGGAGUGAUACAAAUACAAACAUUCAGAACGAGCAAAAUCCACUAGACUUCAACACAAAUGCUUCCGAAUUUGUGAAGAUAGAUUCGGCAAGUCAAUUUAGUGAUACCGCUAAAACAAAUUUUAUUUUUGAUAGUUUUAAUGCUGAAAAUGACGACAAGAGCGAGAGUGAAAGUCAAGAAGAUCUUUUAGGCGUUAGUACGUUAACAGUGAGUGGGCACCCUCCAACAGUUAAAUCUGUCAGUCUUAUCGUUGAAUGUGAUGCACAUUCGCAAGCAGACAAUUUAGCUGAGCUUGAUGAAUCAGAAUUUUUUGACAAGGUCUCUACACCUGACCAGUUUAACUCUGGUGAAAAUAGUCCCUUUGUGAAUUCGGGAAUUAGUACGCCAUUUGAGCUAAGUUCUGAAUACCAUUCGCGAACAGUAUCCGAGUCUGGUCCUGUUCCACCUAAUAGCGUUAUGGAUCGUGGAUUUGAAGAUUUGUCUCAGUUUGAUCACGACUUGCCAAGUUUUAAUAGUGCGGAAAUGGUUCAAAGGAUUAACAAAAAAAGAGCUUCAGUAGGUCAGGUGCUUAACGCUUUAAAUCUUGAAAAUCAGGAACUUAGUGACGGAUCUAGUACACCGUAUACGCCACAGAAUAGUUUCCGAGAUGAUCUGGAGGGGCUUACGCGUGAUAGGAGUUUACCAAGUUUGAAUAAUUCAAGUAUGUUGGAAAAGGUACAGAAAAAGCGUGAUUCUCUGGGAGAUCUGUUAGACCAAGACCAAUCCGAAUCGACUGAACUUGAUUUCGAACAGCUGAAAACUAAUAAACCUGGGAAUCCAUUUGGAGAUUUCACUGAUGGUGACGUUCUUAUGUCAAGUGCUGGAUUCAACGAUGCUAAGGUUAUAAAUCCAUUUAUCGUCAUCGAUGAUGAAAAGGAUUUAGAACAAAUUGAUUCGCUUGAUCACGUUCCAUUUACUCCAGUAAAUACGUUUGUUGAAAGAAGUGGUGAAGAGUUCAUGAAACAAAGGAAUUCUUUGACUGAUCCAGAACUAAUUGAUAAAUUAAAUGAAUUGAAAUCCAAAUCUGAUGAAGAUUUAGAGAAGGGAACCAAUCCCUUUGAAACUUCUGUGUCAGAUGACUUUCAUGAUGGGAACCAGAAUGUCCAGACUGGUUCACAAGAUUUGUUAGAUAUUUUUGGUCCAGUGGAUGGUGAAAACCUGACGCAGUCUACAAAUUUGAAUCCAUUUUUGAAUAUGGGUGAAAACCCCGCAAAUUCAGUUCAAAGAAGUGAUUUGGAAGACAUAUUUGGAUUAGAAAGUCCUGAAAAUGACAAUAGUGUUCUUUUAGACAAAAUGUUAACACAAGCAAACCAAGAAGCAGCAGAAGCUGUUGCCAAUAGCGUCUCCAAGGAAAUUAUUGGAACAACUUUGGAGACAUUUCCAAAUAUGACCAAUCCCAAAGUGGCUAGUGGGGUUGCCAUGGAGAUUUUGAAAAUGGAGACUUCUGAUUGGACAAAGCAGGUUUCAGGGGAUUCUGGGAUUGAUUCAAGUGACUCACCACAGCAAGCUCACGGUGCAAGCCACGGACACAUUGCAUCGAAACUCUGCCAAGAUUUAUCGAUUGAGACCGAUUAUUUGCCAAACAUGGAUCCUCUCCAUGGGAGCCUCAACAUGAUAUCAUCAUCGGAUGCAUCUGGUUUCUCAAAGUCGAUAGAGACCGAUGCUGAUAAAGAGGUCGUUGAAAGCGAAUCAUUCCGAAAAAUCAGUGGAAAUGAAGGCGAUUUUCAAAUCUUAAAACAAUUGUCUGAACCACUCAAGGAAAAAACUGAUAUUGAAGACACCAUCAAAGAAAUGAUAAUUAAAGAAAACAUGGAACAGGCUGUUAAAUCUAUUGAAUUCUCUGAUGUUGCCGAAUCUGACACUGUUGAAAAUGAUGCAGAAAUUAGUAAAAAAACUGAUAUGGAAAAUAAGAUAAAUGAAGUGGAAAAUGAGGAUGAUGAUAAUGGUAAUAAACUUGGUUCGAGAGAUGAUGAAAUGGAGGAAAAAAAUGAUGGAAUCAGUGCCACUCUAGAAGAAAUAACAGAAGAUGAAGAAAGUGGAGGUGGAAUGAAUGAUGAAGUGAGUGCACUGGACAGUGAGUUUAAAACAAAUGUUGGAGGCUUUGCAAAAACGGAAAUUUUUGUACAAGAAGCAACUGAUUCUGAUGAUAGUUUUCCAGAGAUGGUUACUACAAGUAUUCAAACUGAUCCAACAGGUGAUGGUGUGCAUAAAUCAGCUGGUAGUGAGUCUAAAUCCAUUUCUGAAAAUGUCAGUGAUUCUAUUGAAGAUAUAAAACUUAAGUCAGAAGAGAUAGCUGAGGAUGUAGAAUUAAGAUUGGAAGAUGAACUUGAAGAAACACAAAAUGUGGAUGUCAACCCAAUAUCAGUUUCUGAAAAAGGCAUAGAUGUUAUUGAAGAUGUAGCUUUAAAAUCAGAAAAGAUAGAUGAGGAUGGUGAUUUAAAAUUGGAAGACAAAAUUGAAGAAACACCAAAUGCUGAUAGUGAUUUUAAAUCUGUUUUUGAAAAAGUCGAUGUUACUGAAAAUGUGGAAUAUAAAUCAGAAGAAAUAGCUGAAGAAUCCGAAAAUGAUUUUGAUUUAGAGUCUGAAAAUGAUUUAGAAGUAUCAGAUAAUAAAGAUGAAGACACUAAUAAGGUUCAAAUGCUAAUUGAUUUCAAUGCAAAUGAUGAAAUGGGAGCAGUUGUGCCAAAUGAGUAUGAAGACAAGAACUAUUCAAGGGCAAACAUUCUUGUGCAGCAGGCUACUUAUUCGUUAGAAGAACUAGGUGAUUUUCUUGAAAACACUGAAAAACAGCUUGAUCUUAAACUAGACAAAACAGACAAUGCAUUAUCUUGUGACUCUUCACCUGAAGAGAGUGCUGACAAUUAUAGCAAGUCACUUGGAGCAGAGGUUACAAAUGCAAAAGAAAACGUCAUAGAAUCAGGAACAGAUUUGCUUGACUUCAGUUUGCCAGCAUCUGAACAUGCUCAAGAAGGUAGAAUGAGCACUGAUGGAGACAAAUAUGAUACUGGUCUCACUGCUUCUAUAUUUGGAACAUUGCAAGAGGAUAAUGUGCCUGAGAGUGAUGUUAAAGCAGACACUGAAGAGUGCAAAUUUGAUCAAAAACUGGCUGGUGACGUUUGCAUGAGGGUAGACCCAAAAUAUGUUCAAAGUGAAGAGCAAAAAGAGGAAAAUACUGUAACAGAUGGUUUGGUUGAUUUAUCUGAACUCAACAUUGAAAAGGACUCAGAAAGUAUGAUUGAGGAAGAUGAUGCUGAAGAGUCUGUGGAAUUCAGUGUAAAUCAUAUAGAGUAUAAUGAAAAUGUACAAAGCACUAAAAAUGGUGUGGGGAGUAACACUGUAGAUGAUGAAACAGAUAUCAAAACCAUUGGCUAUAACAACGACACUGGGAUUACUGAAAAUGCAGAUGAUGAAACAAAUAGCUUUGGUAACAAAAUAAAAGACAAUGUGGAAGAGGGUUCUGAAGAAACAAAUCUAAUAGACACUAAACCAAUUGGCACUAAAAAUGAUGGAGAAAUUAUUACCAAUGCAGAUGUAUUAUUGGAUGUUGACAAUGACAUGGAUGUUCACAGAGAGCAAACAGAAGACGAUACUGCUGUAUCAAAUCUAGUAGAAAACCAAUCACAAUAUAUAGCAACUGAAGAUACACUGAUGGAAAGAAAUAGCAUAAGCCCUGAUCCAAGCAGCUAUUUUGGCUCAACCUCAGAGAGUGAUACAUCAGAAUUAGUAACUGUUAGAGAAAAUGUUGAAAAUUUGACAGCAAUUAUCCCAGCUGAAUCAGGAAAACCGAAGCAAAGCCUAAACUUGAUCGAAACUUCUAAUAGUUAUGACAAUCUUGGAUUUAAUGAAACUGAUGAUAAUGAAAAUCUUGAUGAUGGUACAGAACUGAGAUUGGUGAAUUCAGGGGCUAUAUCAACUUCCGAACUUGAUAUGUUUUUAAAGAGUUCAGUGGAUGACAAUGAUGCACUGAAUGUGUUGUCCACAUCGGAAGCAGACAAUGGUAAACCAAAGGAAGUGAUAACUGAUAAUACUCUAGAUGCAGUCAACAAUUUCAACAGUGGUGCUAGUAACGCUUUGGAUGAUAUGUUUGGUUUUGGCAAUAGCGAAGAAAUUAUACAAAGUAAUCAGCUGAAGCAUGACGGGAGGCUGGAGACUGAUGUAGCAAGCAAUAGUGAAGGAAUAGUUCAAACAUCAGGUACUGAUAACAACAUAAUUAUCAUUGAUGGCCUUAUGACAGAAAGUGCACAGACAGUCCAAAGUGAGUCUUCAGUAGAAACUCCCAACGAAGAUCAUGGUAGUGGAUUUUAUGAAGUAAACGAAGAAAGUGAACAGAUAGAUGAUGGAACUCAAUGUAUGACAAGUUCAGCGUAUGAGACAAACUUAAGAGAAAAUGAAACUGGAUUUUAUGAAAUCAACUAUGAAAAUGGUGGUGAUUUUCCACCAACUGUACAGACAAUUGAUGACUUUGCAGGCCAGAAAACAGUUGAAAUUAUAUCAGAAAUUGUACCUGCUGACUUAAUGAAUGCUAGCACAGCUACAGUUGGAACUGUUUCUUCAGUAGAGACUCCGGAUGAAGACUAUACGAAAGGUUUCUAUGAUUUUGGAAAUAAUGAAAAUGAUGGAUUUGAUGAAAAUGAUAAAUCUUUUGAUUUUAAAAAGGUAACAUUGAAGACUGGCCCAGGGAUGCCCCAGAUAAGUAUUGAUCUGGCCUCAAGUGUUGAAAACAGCAGCAUUUCUAAUGAAAGUGAACAAGAUGGUUUCUAUGAAGUAGAAGCUGAAUACAUGAGUGGAGUUACAACUGAAGAUGAUAGGCUUGCUGAUGAUGAAGCUGAAUAUGAUAAUAAAGAGAACGUUGAGCCUGAUAAUACAAAAGGAACAGGUGAAUCAAGAAGCUCAGUAAACUCAACGGGAUUUUCAGUUAAUAGUGAUGACAUGGAUAUAUCUAAUGUUGGAGCAGGAGGAAUUGACAAUGAAAUUGAUAGAGUGACUGAUAUUGCAAGAAAAAGAGCUGGAAUGUUUCAGGCACUAGAUGCAGAGAUUCAGGGAACGGUUCUUCAAAAUAUAGAGAAAGGCAAUGCUUUCUCUCCAAUAGAAAGUCCUAGUGAAGAAGUGUUUGAUAUUGGAUAUGAGAUUAACCCAAUGAUUCCAGAUGUGAAACCUGAAUCUGGUUAUGAGGAAGAUGAUGAGGAUGAUGAUGAAGAUAAAAGGAUGAUAAUGCCUAAACCUUUCGUGAGGUUUGCUGAUGAUGAAAGGGGUAUUAAUGAGUUCAAUCAUGAAGCCUUAGAAGGUAUAGCAGAUGAUUUGGUCAGUGUUGCAUUUCGUGAUGCUUUAGGGGAAUUCAAAUCUGCUGAACCAGUGGAAGAACUGAGUGUUGAAAGGAAUGAUAAGAGCACAGAAAAUGUUGAAGAACAGAUUAAUAAGGUGGCAGAUACUAUGGUAAAUGAAGCAAUAGCAAGUGCAACUGAAAUUUAUCUUGAGAUGAAGCAAACUGAACAGAUUGAAGAAGAAAUUACUGAUGCAAUGAAUGAUAUUGUUCCAACGCUAGAAGAUGAAUCCAGCGACUCUGACGCAAGCUCUACAACAACUGAGGGUAGCUAUAGGAUAAAUAUAUCUGAAGAUAUAUCUCCUGUUCUUUCCCCUGACAAAGAUGUGACAGAAACAACUGAAGCAGAAACUACUGGUUUGAUUGAUGUUCCUUCCCCGGAUGAAUUGACAUCGCCGUGUGAUGAAACAUCAAUGGAAGAAAGUAGUUCAGUGCAAGAGCAUGUAGAUGGUGCUAUUGAACCUGGGAUAAAGAAAAUACCAAGAGAUGGUUCUUACAGGUCAUUUUCCUUUCCAGAAUAUGAAGAAACUGACAGGCCAGAGAGUGUAAACACUGUUGAAAUUAUGAAAUCUGAAACUGAAAAGACUCCAAGUACAUUGCUUAUAAGACAAGAAACUGUUGUACCUGACAUUGUAAUUAGUACUGAGGAGUCACCAGAUUAUGAUGUAGAAGAUAUAACUGAUUAUGGUGCUGAUUUUAGCAUGACUGAAAAUAUUGGUGAUGAUAAUGCUGAUGUACUUGAACCUGAUGAUGCUGAACUUCAAAAUGAACUGGUUGAUGAGAUUAUUGAAGAUCUGAAUGCUGAAAGUUUAGACACGGUUAACUUUAGUGUGACUGAAGAUGUGGCAGAUAAUGGUGACAUUCUUGAACCGGACAAUGUUGAAACCAAAGAUGAACUGGAUAAUGAAAUAGGUAAAGAUGUAAAUGCUAAAAAUGUAGACAUAGUUUACCCAAGCCUGACUGAGAAAGUUGUUGAUAGUGAUGACAUCCUUCAAUCAGACAAUGUUGAAAUUAAAGAUGAAAUGGUAAAUGAGAUAUUGAAAGAUUUAAAUGCUGAAAAAGGAGAUAUAGUUGACUUAAGUAUAACUAAGAAUGAGGAAGAUAAUGAUGACUUACUUGAAUCUGAUGAUGUUGAAAAUAAGGAUGAAAUAGUUGAUGAAGAUUUAAAUGCUGAAAAUGUAGACACAACAGAAUUUAGUUUGACUGGAAAUAUUGGUGAAGGUAAUGAAGACACACUGGAAACUGAAAAUAAUGAUAAUAAAGAUAGAAAAGUUGAUGAAAUGGUUAAAGAAUUCAUUGCUGAGAAUGUAGAAACAGCUCCGUUUAGGUUGACUGAAAAUGGUGAAGAGUAUGAUGACAAACUUGAUCCUGAUGAUUUUGAAAUUAAGGAUGAAAUAGUUGAUAAAGAUGUAAUUGAAGAUUUGAAUUCUGAAACUGUAGACAUUGUUGAAGUCAAUCAAAUUGAAGAAACUGAUUCUAAAGAAAAAGAUGAAUUGGAGGACCGAGGGAUGGCUGAGAAUGUCUAUGAUGGAAAUGACAUAAUACAAUCAGGCAAUGCUCAAAUUAAAGAUGAAAUAGGAAAUGAAAUCAUGCAAGAUUUGACUGCUAAAAAUGUAGACACAACUCCCUUUAGUAUGACUGAACAUAUCAAAGAUAAUGAUGACACACUUGAACCUGAUGAUGUUGAAAUUAAAGAUGAAAUUGUUGAUAAAGAUGUAAAUGAAGAUUUUAAUGCUGAAACUGUAGACAUUGUUGAAGUCAAUAAAGACGAAGAAAAUGAUUCUAAAGAAAAAGAUGAAUUGGAGGACAGAGGGAUGACAGAGAAUGUGUAUGAUGGUAAUGACCUAAUACAAUUGGGCAAUGUUGAAAUUAAAGAUGAAAUGGUAAAUGAAAUCAUACAAGAUUUGACUGAAGAAGAAAAUGUAGACACAGCUGACUUCAGUAUUACUGAAAAUGCAGAAGAUAAUGAUGGCUUUCUUAAAUUGGAUGAUGGUGAAAUUUACAAUGAAAUAGUUGAUGAAGAUUUUAACACUGAAAAUGUAGACACAGCUGACUUAAAUUUGACUGGAAAUAUUGGUGAAGGUAAUGAUGACAAACUGGAAACUGGAAAUGUUGAUAAUAAAGAUGAAACAGUUAAUGAAAUGGUUAAAGAAUUAAAAGCUGAGAAUGUAGACACAGCUCCCUUUAGGUUGCCUGAAAAUGCCGAAGAUUAUGAUGACAAAGUUGAACCUGAUGAUGUCGAUAUUAAAGAUGAAAUAGUUGAUAAAAGUUUGAUUGAAGAUUUGAAUGCUGAAACUGUAGACAGGGUUAAAGUCAAUCAAAUCGAAGAAACCGAAUCUAAAGAAAAAGAUGAAUUGGAGGAGAUGAAAUUACUAGAUGUCAAGGAAGAUUCAGAACAUGUAGAAUCAGUUGACGAGGAUCAGAAUAAAGUUAUUGCUGAAGAACGUAUUACAGCUCUGUCAGAUAAUACAGAACUGAGUAAUACAAACAUUGAGAGUGAAAUUGGCAUGUUUGAACAUGAACCUGAGGUCUACAAUCCACAAACAAGUGAUGAAGAAAACACCAGUAUUUCAAUAGAUAAUCCUGAUUCUUCAGAAAUUACAAGUGAAACUUACACAAGUGAGAAAGAAAGUGACCUGAUAACUGAAACAGAAUCAGAACUUAUUAUUUCUGAGUUAAGCAAUAAUACAGAAACUGACAGUAAACAAAGACAACCAAAUCUAGAUUUAAGUAAAAAUCUUGAAACUACAAAUGAAACUUCAGAAGUUGUAACAGAACAGAAUAAAUACAAACCUUUGAUAAAAGACAAUUCUGAAGAUGGUGUAUCUGACACUGGUGCUAGACCGAAGACUAAAAGUCAGGAAUACUUUACAAGGAAGGAAAUAUUCUACACGUCGGCUGGGCGAAUGAGUAUCUCGAUUGACAGUGUGAUGGAUCCACCGACAGAUAGCAACGAGGCAUAUGCUGGUGGAGGACAUGACAUCAUACAUGAGGAGGGGAAACAGCCCGUUGAUGACGAUGAAGACUUUAUAAUCGACCAGCACGCUGUGGUGGAGAAAAGUCAGGAACAAACGAAAGAACAGACAAAAGAACAGACAGAGAAACCAGUAGCUGAUAGCAAUAAACAUGUUGAGUCUAAGGUGAAGGUCAAGGGUAUGGACGACACACAGGAGUGGCAUGAAGACCCUAUUCCUGGGAUGGGGGCAGAGCAAGUGGUUUCAGAGAGUGAAUCUGAAUCCGAUUCCGACAGCGAAUAUGGCCGACCAGUUAGACCAGACAGUUUGCUAAAUGGAGCCCGGCGAAAGAAGAAAAUAGCUGCGACCAACUUAUUGAGCCCGGAUUCAACGGAUGCCAUGCUUGAAGGUGUUGAUGACCUUCCUACCCCAGAUGACCUUGACACGCCUGAUGACCUUGAAGGCGAGGGUCUGGAGUGGGAAGAUGAAACACCAUUGACCCCAUCGGAGCAGAAGAAGUUUGUAGAAUACAUGAGUCGAGAUGAUGAACAAGAGAAAUAUGAGAACACUCAGUUCCGGAAAGUGGAGAUAGCGGGGAAGGAUUACAGGGUGGAUAUGAAGGUCAUCGAGCCGUAUAAGAAGGUCCUGUCUCACGGAGGUUACUAUGGCGAUGGACUCAAUGCCAUUAUCUUGUUCUGUGGUUGCUACCUGCCGGACAGAAGUAGAGGCGACUAUAACUAUGUGAUGGACAAUCUUUUCUUGUAUGUGAUAAGCACACUAGAGCUACUAGUGGCGGACGACUACAUGAUCGUGUAUUUCCAUGGGGCCACACCUAGAAGGCAGAUGCCGAGUUUUGGUUGGCUGAAACGCUGUUACCAAAUGAUUGACAGAAGAUUACGGAAAAACCUGAAGGGUAUGCUGAUGGUCCAUCCAACCCUGUGGUUGAAGACUGUUGUGUUAAUGACCAAGCCGUUUAUCAGUUCCAAAUUCAGCUCUAAAUUACGGAUUGUGAAGACGCUUCAUGAGUUGGGAAAAAUCGUCCCCAUGGAAUAUAUAUAUGUGCCAGAUCCUGUCCAACAGUAUGACUCCAAACUCCAACAGCAGAGGUCAUCGUCCUCUUCAAGCAGUACCACCCCCCUGUCUCCCCCUCCCUCCUGACAAUUACCCCUGUGUAGGGGCUGUAAACCAAUGUGACUGUGAUACAUGUACAUAGAAUGCACGGAGCGGAUGUUACAAACCGACCCCCUUUACCUGGAAAAAUGGGAGAAAGAACAGGAGAAGAGGGGACAAACUCCCGAGAAAAAACGAUUCUCAUUCUUUAAACGCAAAAAGUGAUGAAGAAAACCGAUUUAUGUUCUUUCAACACAAAAAGUGAUGAAAUAAACCGAUUUAUAUUCUUUAAAUGCAAAAAGUGAUGAAGAAAACCGAUUAAUAUUCUUUAAAUGCAAAAAGUGAUGAAGAAAACCGAUUUGUAUUCUUUGAAUGAAAAAUGUGAUGAAGAUAAUCGAUAUUCUUUCUACGCAAACGCUAAUGAAAAAUUAUUAACAACAUUUGUACAAAAAUGUAUGUGCCAUCAAACAAUCUAGAAUUCUAAUGUUAAAAGCGAUAUACCUUUGACGCGAGUUAAUUGUUUUGAACACAGUUAAAGAAGUUACUUUACAUUAAUCAAAUGAGUCACUUGAUGUUAGCUUGUUACAGAGGUUUAAAGAAAAAAAAAUUGUUCGAAUGAACUUUUUAACAGAGAGGAUAAAAGCUCUACAAUAUUUAUACGCAAAGUGAUCAAUUAAACGCAAAACAACUACACACAAAAAUUUAUUUGCUGGAUUGUAACAGAGGAAAAAGUGACUUGAAAUGUAAGCAAGGAUAAGACACUGCUUCCAUUGGAAUGUACAGAAUGGGUCAAAGGCCUCACUCACGAUCUUGAAAUGCAAAAAAAAUGUCAUCUAUCACGUGUUAACAUGUUUGUUUUGAAAUAUCUAGUUCUUUAGGCACAUGACAUUGCCUCGCAACAUUUCAUGUUAUAUGCAAUGUGUUUCACUGUCUUCAUGCUUGUGUACAGCAGAAACAGUUUCAUACACACAACUAGCUGUCAUGGCUUGUUCAUCAGCGUUGAAAAUUAGCACAAGUCUGUGAGCCCAAGCAUCCCACAAUCAAUUCUGCUUGAAAGCUAAGGAUAAGGAAUAGUUUUUCAGCCAAUUAUAUAAGACUGGUUAAUUCCUUGGUUAAGUUAAAGUUAGCCAAAAUGUUUAUUGAUUGGUCAAUAUUUAUUCAACAACUACUUUCAACCAAUCAAAUCAUUCAAAUAUGCAAACUAACUGAAAGAUAAACUGUGGUCAACUUAUCCAUGUUUUAUACAGAUGGUUGCUGGUUACCAACCAGGAAUGGUGAAUGGUUUUUUUAUCACAUGUAUAUAGCUGAUUUUCAGACUGUAUUAUUAUCUAUUUGUCCAUAUAAAUAGCCCUCCAGCUUGAAACUUGUUUAUCAAUGGGAUAUAAGAUAAAUCGAACCAUUACAUUUUCUUCAUAUUAUUGUGAUCUUGUUACUGUGAAAAGUAUUAUAUGCUUGGUAUAUAUUUCCACCCUUUUCAUUGGUUGAGGAGCAGUCACCGGACAUACUAUAGAAAGUGAUAUAUACACUGUCUAAAAAGGGAUAAUUCUGUAAACAAACAUGUGUGCAUAUCAAGAAGUAACACGAUAUGACAUUCGACAAGAAGUACGGAAUAUGCGACCGGAAGUAGAAUUAACAUCACUGAUAUCAUUUUCUAAUCAUAUAUGCCCUAUGUAGUGGUUUUGGGCAUCAAAAAGUUGAUUUACAUGAUGCAUAAGAAGUGUAUAGGCAGAUUAUUGCUAAAAGCAUGUAAUAAAACACCGACUUUCUCUCUGUGAAUAUCACUUUCUAUGGUUCAAGAAAUCGGAUAUAUCCCUCACCAUCAGUCAUUAACUGUAUAUUAUACAUGAUGUAUAUAGAAACAUGUUUUAACCAUGUAUAAAGUUAGUGACCAUACCAGUAAUUGUGUUUAUAAUGCAGUGAUAACAGUUAUACAUAUUACAGCCUCAAACUUACAAUGUUCUGACACUUUAACUCCUGAGUCAUAGAGUUUCCUUUUUCAAUGCAGAGGUGUAGUUAUAGAACUUCAAUGUGCUAAUGGCACGGGUUCUUUCAGAUAUUUUGGGAAAAUGAAAAUCAACUUUUGUGUUUGUGAUUGGGAAAAUUAUAGACUGGAUUGCUCGUGGAAUGGAUAGGGCUGGUAUUUUUGUGCCAGAAAACCUCUUGGACAUUCUGAUGCCAGGGUAAUUGCAGAUAGAACAUUAUAAGAAUGAUGUGACAAUUUGUAUAGAAUGUUAUAAGAAUGAUGUGACAAUUUGUAUAGAACAUUAUAAGAAUGAUGUGACAAUUUGUAUAGAACAUUAUAAGAAUGAUGUGACAAUUCGUAUGACACAUUCGCCUUGUAUAACAAACCAUUUUUCGUGACAGUUAAUACUAUAAUGCCAGUCAUUAAUGUAUAAACACAUGUUGCAACAUUGUAACCAGACAAUUUGUUUAUUGUUAUGUAAUCAUUACUUUGAACUAUCUUAUAAGCAUAAUGUACGACCAAAAUCUCAUGAGAAUAAGAACAUUGUUAAGGUUAACAAGGUUGUUAACUUCAUCAUUGUUAACUUUCAAAUUGUUACUGCUCUGGAAGUUUAAUGGAUACACAUGUGAUCUGCUGUAUAUCAGACAAUAUUUCAGACAACUGUUUCAGCUGUAGUUGUUUAUAAUUAAAUAUGUGAGCGAUCAUCAUAUAUUUUACGUUUAAAAGUUAACAAUGAUGUCUUUUAUCAUGUAGUUAACUUUAAGAAUGUUCUGAGCUGAUUGCCCAAUAAAAUUGAAUUGAAAGGGUUACUUGUAAAUUUAAACUAGCCAUGUCUAACAUGACAAGUCUAACAAUUUCUUUCGGAAAUAAAUUUCUACUAUAUAUACUAGUAGUUGUCAAAAUUAGCCCUGUCUUGGUAAAAUGCAACUCAGGCUGGUUCAAAUUCUUGACUUAUGACUGGGCAUGCUGGCAAUUGGUUAGUCGAAGCACUGCGUAAGAAUUUGGGCUCAUUCAAUUUUAAAGUCUAAUUUCUAUCACUGUUCUUGGAUUUAACAAUUCGAAAAAGUGGUCAUACACAAUUAUGAUUGUUUAUAAGAUGGUUCGAUUAUGUAAGGUACAUUAUUCUUGUUAAUAUAAAUGUAUUAAUAUACAAUGUUAUGUCGUGUACCCCGUUAUAAAUUACAAUUUUAAUCUUGUACAAACUUGAACCAAGGUCUUGGUGCUUUUCAGUAUGUGCAAUAAAAUCAUUUUAAGGCAUCAUUCAUGUAUUACAUUGCUAUGUUUUGUUUUUGACGGAGCUAUUUAAAAUCUUAUAAGAAUUGUUUGUUUAUAUCAUUUGUUUAAAAUGAGUUUUUUUCAAACAACUAUGUUUUAAAUACGCUAUAAUCAGAAAUUUAAAAUGAAGAGGGACGGGAAUAAAUUUUUCCCCAUGGUAUUAGCAAUGGAUAAGUGUUUAAUUGUUACUAUUUUACUAUCAAUAAAUAACUUGAUAUCUACGGACCAUAUACACAAUAACACCUGACAAAAAAGGUAUAUUUUCAAAUUCUAUUACUUUUUAUUUUAAAUUUGAACACAUUAUAUAUCGUUAUCUUAUAUUAUGACAUUUUUUUUUCUUUCGUUAUCUUAUAUUAUGACAUUUUUUUUCUUUUACUUUAUUCCUUUAAAUUUAUUUUAUGUUAAUAUUUCAACAUAUUAGUGUAUAAAAAAUGUCGACGGUAUAUGUUCGAAAUCGUUGUACAUCAGUAUAUCCUUUGAUAUGAAUUUUCCUUAUCAUACAUUUUUAUUGACAUGUAGAUGUUGUUUUUGUUUAACAUAAUCUUGGUUUGAACUGUAAUCAUGAAAAUAAUAAAAAACCUUCUUUCAUAGGCUUAAAGGGUAUAUCAUUGGAAUUCACUGUCAAAUCACUUUGUUAAGUUCGAGUGGAAAAGAUUGUUGCAAUGUAAAAGUUGCUGUAUAUUGCGAGACAUGACUGUAUGAUAUCCAUGUACCGGUACUGACAGCAUUGUCAAUGAGACUCUGUCAAGGAUCAUGAUAUACAGGGAUGUGAUUGUCCUAGCAGGGCUGAAAAGAUUUCGGUGAUGGGUUUUGUAGGCUCUUAUUGCGAUCAAUACUUAUAUUUACAUUUUAAAUAAUUGUAUAUUACAAUUAAAAAUAAGCAGUAUCGUCUGCAAUUGAGUAUUUGUUUUUAAAAGACAUCAUACGUUUUUGUAUAAAAAUAUAGCCGAUAUUUGUAACCUCAUAAAUCAUUGGUUAAAAGACAUUCAAUUAAUCCAAUCGGAGCGCAGUAUUGAAAUUAAUAAUGAUGUCAUAACUCCUUGCGGGUUAUACAAUAAGAGAGUCAAUUUUAUCUUCACAAAGGACUAGGUGAGUGUAAUUGUUGCAUUCUUUGAAAGAACCCAUUUAAAGCAGAUAAAGAGUCACUGAGCAAAGCUAUUUAUGUACUUGUUUUUAUUUGUUAUUGUGUAACUUGGGAAGCUACUAGGAGUUAUGCGGAGUCAUUAUAAUCAUCAAUAAUUAAAUUGAUAUAUCCAUGUGUGGUUGGUUUUUAUUAUCUUUAUGUAUAUCUUUCAUUUAAGGAUCGUUUAAAUUCACUAUUGCAUCGACAACAUUUGUACCGAUAUAAUUAUUAAUUAUUCGUACUGUUAAAGUAUAUUGUUCAUAUUUUUCCCUAUCCAGUGGACAUUGUUAAUACUUUACCUGUCCAAUGCAUAUUGUUCAUAUUUUCCUUGUCAUUAGUUUAACUUAUUCCUGAAAUAAAUGAAAUGCCAUGAAAAUGUGUUAUUUCAAUAACUGGG